UUUAGUUCCUUUUUUAUUAUUUCUAACUUAAUAUAGUAAAGUCUCACCUUUAGCAGUUUAAGCAAGUGAAAGUUUGGUACUUUUUGUAGAGCACGGGACACUUGGAAUUUCAGUACUAACUUCCUUCGGGUAAAGAGGUAGCUGUUACUGUUUGUGUGUGAGGAAAACAAAAAGUGGCAGAUCAGGUUGUAUUACAUGCUGUGCAACCUUGUUCAGCUAGUGUGUCUAUUCUAGUGUAUGUGUGGGGUGUGUGUGUGUGUGUGUGUGUUUGUGUGUGUAUGAAGAUGUAUAAUAUAUUGUAGAAUCUUCACCGGUUGCUGUUGUUUCUGACAAAGACAGAAGUCAUGGCCAAAAAGGAGGAAGAAAAAAGCCGCACUCUGCGAAACUUCCGCAGCCUUUCAGUGGAAGAAGACAGAAGACAUUCCUUCUUUAUGAGAGACCGUGAGGAGAGCAUUGAUCUGCCCUGUUCACAUUUUCCGGACUAUCCUAAGGAUUCACACCCAGAGCCUGUUGUUAAAUCAGGUUGGCUUGAUAAAACUCCUCCUAAAGGGGGGAAGAGGUUUCAGAGACGAUGGGUGCAGCUGGAUCAUAAAUAUCUGAGAUAUUUUCAAAACAGCAAGGAGGUGUACUCUAAGCGGAUGAUAUCUCUGCAAUGUGUGAGUGCAGUUCAGCCUGCUGGCGAUCAGCGAUUCGAGCUCAUCACUCUGAACCGAACAUUUUUAUUCAAAACAGAAUCCAACCAGAUGCGAAAUGAAUGGAUAAAAAGUCUGGAGGAAGUUCUGAGUAGUCGACCGCAAUCUCAACACAAGGCGCGAAGUGAAUGGAUAAAAAGUCUGGAAGAAGUUCUGCGUCGUCGACAGCAGAAUGGCGGUGGGGGAGUGUUUUUUAAAUCUUAUUUAGCCAAAACUGAGGGUUUGUUGGAGAUGACGUCCCCACGCACUAAAGUCUACACUGUUAUCAACAACAACAGAAUUUAUCUGUUUAAAAAUAGACAGGAGUACAUGAAUGGUUUGGGCAUCACUGAUAUUGAUCUGAGCAAGGCGAGCUUGAAGGAGUCCAGCAAAUCCUUCAGUGUCAUCACCCCCUACCGGACCUUCAGUUUUGUGGUGGAGUCUGAAGCUGAGCGGCAGCGGUGGUGCGCGUGUUUGGCGGAGUGUGUGAGGAGUUCAGCACCGGUUUCCAGAGUGUGUGAGAAACUUUGGAGUAAGGAGUUUAACCGUGUGUGUGCAGACUGUGGCGCUGAUUCGCCAGAGUGGGCCUCAGUCAACCUGUGUGUUCUGCUGUGUGAACGAUGUGCAGAUGCCCACAGGUGUUUGGGGCCCUCUGUGUCUAAAGUGUUCAGUCUGAAGGGGAAUGAUCAGCUGUGGACUGAAGAUCUGAUAAAGCUGUUUCUGCAGCUAGGUAAUGGUAAAGUAAACAGUUUCUGGGCGGAAAACAUUCCCAGCAGUGAGAUUCUGAAUGUGGAGUCCAGCAGCAGCGAGCGGCUUGCCUAUGCCACUGCAAAAUACCUAAAAGGAACUUUCCGGAAACAGCACCAUCUCUCCGGCCAGCAGGAGGCGCUCAACAAUGCGCUGUGUGCUGCAGUAAAGGGUAGUAAUAUUGUGGAGACUUUCCGUCUGCUGUUUUCGGGUGCAGAUAUAAACAGCUCCACUGGUAUCCCAGAAUUCCCUACUCCUCUUGCCCUUGCAAUGCACAGUGGGCAAACAAAUCAGGUGGAACUGCUGAAACACAACCAGAAAUCAGACACUGUGAAGUCAGAGGUCAACACUGCACCCUCUCUGAGCGGGUACUUGUUCAAAGUGGCUUCCGCUAAUCGACCAAUCACAGAGCAGAAACCCAGAUCAGAGUUCACCCAGAGGUGGUGCUCCCUCAAUGCCGGCAUGUUCACCUACUAUAAAACCGAGCAAAUGACUCACCGGUGUGGCAGUAUGAAGACAAGUGAAAUCAUCUGCUUGUCUCUCAACAGCCCAGGGAAUCAUGGGUUUGAACACACCCUUGAAAUAUACACGGAUGCGGGACGGGUCUACCUAUUUGGAGCUGAUGACAUCGUCACUAUCAAGGAGUGGUUUAGAGCUAUUUCCAUGGCUAUGCUUCCUACAGCUCUCAGUAGUGUGUGUGGACUCUGUGAUCGGCUGGGUCGUCUGCUGUGCACUGAAGGGAGCUUAGGGACCGGCUGGUUCUGUCUGAGUGGCUCCAUGCUGCAGGUCCUUCUGGAAGACUCUGUACAGGACAUCAACCUUCUUCGACUACACACACUGACUAUAGGCGAUGGUGCAGGAGAUGUGGUGUUGGGGUGGAGGGGGGGAUAUGUGCACCUCUCUUUUGACCAGAGGCCGCAUUUCCCCGGGUGGAUAAGCUCGCUCCGGCGGGGUGCAGGAUCCGGAAAUGAGAUGCUGUCUCAGCAACAGCUCACCAAAUCAGGAAUACCAAUCACCGUCCAGCGCUGCAUCGAAUACGUCACCCGCCAUGGUCUCAUGUCAGCAGGGAUCUAUCGGAAGAGUGGAACCACCUCAAGAGUGUCAGCACUGCUGGAUAGUUUCCAGCAAGACGCACGGAAUGUAUGUUUUUCCGACAAGUUCGGGGUGGACGAUGUUGCAAGCACCCUAAAACGCUUCCUUAGAGAGGUCAAAGGUGGAGUGUUUAAUGGGGAAGAUAACUCACGAAACUGGCUCAAGGUUGCAGAUGUAUCUCACCACCGUGCUAAACUCAGCAUGUAUCAGAAUCUACUGUCUGAACUGCCCGAGGUGAACAGAGAGACACUGAAAGUUCUACUCAACCAUCUCUACUGUGUGCACCAUCUGUCCGAGUUCAAUCAGAUGACCAUGGGGAAUCUGGGAAUCGUGUUUGGACCAACACUCUUUCAGACUGAUGGGUCUGACCCGAGGACCUACACAGUAGUGGAGGAAAUGAUACAGAAUUACUGUGCCAUCUUUAAUGUCCCAGAGGAGGAGCUUCAGAAGGAACUGGAUGCAACUUCUCUCAUCCUAAACAAAAUCAAUGACCAGACAUCCUCAAAGUUCGCCCCCUCGCUCAGCAUCUGCGCUGUUUAUAUCGAGAAGAAAGAGGAAGGGGCGGAGCUACUUGUGCAGGUGGGUAGUAAUGUAACAGCAAAGCAACUGGUGUUGCAAGUGUUGGAGAUGCGGGGAAUAGAGCCCUUUGCAGAAGAAAUGUGGACCUGCUAUGAGGUUCAGGAGAAAGAAGAGAUGGAGAGAGAGCUGCAUUUUGAGGAAAAGGUGCUGCCGUUGUAUUUCUCAUUAGGCCCGGACUGCCACCUGUUGGUCAAAAAGAGCCAGUACAGCAACGACAUCAAAAACUACCUCAGUGGUAAAAAUGAGGUGUAUAAGGUGGGAACACUGAGAGUGUGUGAAGUAAAAGGAGACAAAAACAGGAACUUCAUCAGCCACCAGUGUGAGCUCACCAAAGGGACUUUAAAACUGUAUAAAGACAAAGAGAGCUCACUGUGUGAGAAGGAGUGGUCUGUGCAGGAAGGGACGCUCUACUACGGCUACAGGAGCAAACUAUCCCCCCCAACACCAUGGGGUCUAACUCUAGUGUGUGGUCAGCAGCAGUGGUAUUUUUGCUGUGACAAUGAGGAUGAGUUUAUUGAGUGGAUGGCCACCUUUCUGAGCCUUCAGUGUGGUGAGAAUCGGUGAAAGGAGUAAACAGAAGGAGCCCAAAUGAACAAACUAGGAAUGACAAGACUAAGCCUAUUUUAUGAAAUCAGCAUUAUCACUAUGAUUUAACAUCUAAAUUGGAAUUUUUAUGUUUUGACAUUUAUAUUUUUGUAUGUUUCUUUCAAACUGUUCAACAAUUUACACUUUACUAGUAAAUUGCAUCAUAACAAAGUAAACUAUAAUAAAGUCAUAUGGAACUGAAACACUGAUGAAUAAUUAUAUUAAAAACAUGUAACUGUAACUAAA